AUGUUGAUGGAAAACCAAACAUUACAUACAGAUUUUUAUAUUAUAGUGUUUUCAACUACCAUUGGGAAGCACAUUCUUCUGUUUGUAUUAUUUGGGUUUUUAUACUUGGUCUGUGUUCUAUGGAAUAUGAUAAUAGUUAUCACGAUCUACGUUGAUCCCCACUUACACAUUCCCAUGUACUUUUUUCUAUGCAACUUGUCAUUUAUUGAUGUGUUGUACAGCUCGGUGACACUGCCUAAACUAAUGGAGAUAUUACUCUCUGGCAACAAUAGAGUUUCAUUCACUGCCUGCUUUGCUCAGUUGUUCUUCUUUACGUCCAUGGCUUGUACAGAAAUCCUCUUGCUAACUGCAAUGGCAGUUGAUCGUUAUGUUGCUAUCUGUAACCCUUUACAUUAUACCAUGCUUAUGAAGAAGAGAAACUGUAUUCUACUUGUAGCAAGCAGUUGGGUUGCUGGUUAUUCAAAUUCACUAUUUGUUACAAUAUUUGCAUCAUAUCUAUCUUUCUGUGGCUCUAAAAACAUUAACCAGCUAUUUUGUGACAUCAAGGCGCUUACAAAGCUUUCUUGUGGUGACACUGACGGAUUCCAAGCCAUGAUAUUCAUUGAAGCUAUUAUAAUGGGACUAUGUCCUUUCUUACUCAUUUUAAUGUCGUAUGCUAAAAUAUUAUCAAACAUUCUAAAGAUUAGCAUGACAAAGAAAAGAAAUAAAACAUUUUCAACCUGCACAUCUCAUCUCACUGUCCUUCUCUUGUUCUAUGGCACUCUCCUCUUUAUGUAUAUGAGACCACCAUCAGAAAACUCUGAGUACUUGGACCACAUCUUCUCAGUGUUCUAUCUAGCAGUGACUCCCAUGUUAAAUCCUUUGAUAUACAGCUUGCGGAACAAAGAAAUAAAAAAUGCUUUGGUGAAGAUAUUAACAUGUUAA